AUGAUGAGGAAUAUAUCACGAAUCCGACCAACAUUUACUGGGUUUGCUCGGAACCUAGAGGUGCAGGAGCGUGCAACACAUCCUUCACCGCGAAACAACGUACCCAGUUCGCAGAACACUUGGUAA